AUGCCAGAGGUUGUGGUGUUUCCUUCACCAGAUACUUCUUCUCCCGUUCCACAAGAGAGUGGGGAUGGAUUGUACGCCAACGGUUUCCAUAAUAAUGCCACUUCCGAUUCGUUGGUGACCGGCGUUUCUGUCUCGACCACUGACGAUGACCGCGUUAUGGGAACACUUACCGUGGUUUCUACCGAAAUCAACAAGCAGCGCAGCAGUUCGAAGGUCGAGCAAGCGUUGAACGCCCUGGACGACAAAGUUACUACGAUCCAGGGUCAGGAAACUCUGGCAACUACUCUAUAUGCCCCAAUCAAGGCGGCAGUGGCUCUUGAAGCUGUCAGUAACAUUAAACAGUCUAUCGAAGACGGCAUAAGUUCAUUCCUUGACGGCAUGCCUGUUUUGAUGAACGCUUUGGACGAAGUUGCAAAGCUUCACCCUUUCGUUGGAGUGGCCGUCCUCGCGUUCAAAGCUGUUUAUACGCUCGAAACGAAGCGGCGAGCAAACGACAAUAAAAUUAUCGCUCUGUACGUGGAGAUGAAGGAUAUGAUUGCGGUUUUAAUUCAAUUGAAGACUGUAAAAGAUGAAGAAGAUGUUGGCCCGGACGGUGUCACUCUAAAGGGCCGUCUGCAGAAUCUUGUGAAGAAGACUGCGGAUGACAUGAAGAACUGUGCGAACACAUGUGAUGCAUAUUCGAAGAUGAAGCUACUUGCGAAGGUCCUCAAAGGACCACUAUGGGAAGGCACUCUCACGAAUUUCGGCAUUAUAUUCACGAAGCGUAGAACCGAAUUCGAAUUUGCUUUGUCUAUUCAUAUUGGCCGCGGGGUUGACAAGGCGAAUCGGAAACUGGACAAUCUAGCGCAAGAGCUGAAAGAGAGGACAGACAUGUUACUCCAGUUCAUGCAAUCCUAUGUUCCGCUAGAGCAAAGGGAACUCGUUGCAUUAGUGCAAAAGAAAGGAGGGACUAAGGCUGUUAUGGAUAACGAGAACGUGCUGAAGGAGCUUAAUUCGUACGAAUCAAGGCGUCCUACGAAGACUGGUGACACGCAAAAUCAAGCAAGUUUGGGACAUGCUCGCACGAGCAAAGACGAUUUCGAAGAAUUGAAGUCGGAUCUCCGCCACGAUCCUGCCGCGGCUGCCAUCAACAAUUUUCAAACGUUUGAGCGCAAGUUUGCGAUACAACAGAGGCAGCUCAUCGAGGAAGUGGACAGAGUGGUAACGCGCGAGAGUGAUCGGGUUAUCCAGUCAGUAACCUCUGGACCGCACGACAAGGUCGUUGAUCGGGAUCUUUACAACGUGUGGAAGGAAAUGGCAUGGCGCGGUAGUGUGAAGGCCCGACACUUCGUCCUUGCUCUUCGAGAUUACUAUCAGGAAAAGGCAGACAACAAGAGCAGGAUGGAGUCCGCCUUCGAGACCGUUCCGACCUCUGAUCCUGAUGCGUGGGCUCUGGAAUAUCUCAGUGUCAAGAGGUUACAGCCUAUCGUCGAUGCGUUCGACGAUGACGCUUCAGGAUUCAUAACUGUGGCGGAAGCCAACAAAUUGAUAGCAAUUCGUCCUCUCGACUGGAGCUUACUCCACUGGAUCGCCUAUUGGGCUGUCGGAUGGCAGAUCAAUGCCACAAUCUAUGUCGGCAGGAUCAAUGAGCUACUCGGAAAGAUGUUUGCAAUAAAGGGAGAAAUCCACGCUGCGAAUGGUCGCUGUGUCGACCAAUACCUUGACACUGUAUGGACGGGGAUCACCAAGUUGACUUAUUCGAUACCGCCCUUGUCAUCCAGCGACGAUAUUCAAGCACGAUUCAAGAGUCAUAUGGAUGCGGAAGAGGAGCGUAUUCGCAGAAAUUUGGAGGCUAUACGACACGACAUCGAUGACGUGGAGACAUUGCCGCUAAUCACAGGACCUGGAAGGAUCGAGAAGAAUAUUUUCCCGUUGAUUUACUUGCUCUUAAAGCGCGACUUUGAGAUCAUGCGACUCUGUCGAACCAAAGUGGUCAACAGGGAUGAGCUGUGGGAUUGCGCUGAUAGUCUGAAGUGGGUGUUUGAUGCUCUCCAAGCCCGUCACGACGAGCUAGAAGAUAUUUUCAGACAGCAAAAGCUCGACCUCAAUCAACAAUUCAAAACUAUCUGUGCCGAGCUCUUUGACUUCUGGCAUGACCCCACAACUUUCUUCUCAAGAUCAAACCUACGGUCAUUCGAAUUUCCUACAUACUUGUACAAGGACGAGGAAGAAGCUCAGGAUAUCCGACCUGAGGACAUCCUCAAUUAUCCCCUUGACGAAGAUUACCCAUACGAUUGUGCUGCGUACGAAAUCAGUGACCCGGAAGUCGAGACGGACGGAGAUCACAAGGCGGAAGGUCAUCUCAAAGCGCUUGUAGGCAGGUGGCAUGUGGUACUCGCUGAAGGUGACGAGUAUCCAUGUCAAUGUAUGUUCGUCUUCGACGUCCAUGUGUCUGCGGAUGGCCAGAGCAUAGAGGGCUCGGGGAAAACUUCCGAGGGUACAGCGUAUGCCAUAAGCGGAGCAACCGAAACGGAUUCUGACGGUCAGAUAUCCUAUCAUUUUACCCAGAAGUAUACUGCUCGGUUUUCAACGAAGUGCUUCUGUGGCCACCUCAAUGAAGAAUGCACCACGCUUCAGGGUGUCUGGGGCUAUGGUUCUGCAGACGGCUCCAACGACGAUUUUGUCAUGUCGCGACUGGCACCAGAAGUUCUUACAUACCGCCCCUCACCCCGACAAUUUGCCGAGAACAGGAUUAAAGCUCUCUGGAAAUUCGUGCUGUCAGCAGUCGAAGGCCAAGUCCGCAGGCAAAUCUGGUCCUGGUCCCAUUUCAAGCAACGCCGCGAUAUUCGGAAACGAUACGUUCAAUUGCUGAUUCGCAAAUGGGACUUUGGGCGUCUACUCGAAGGAGACGAGGAGGACGAGCUUACACGGUGUCGGAAGACCCUCACACCUGCAGAAGCUCGGUUUUACGAGACUUUGUACAACUUCCGGCUCAGAGUCACUCCUGUUCAUCUUGGCGUCUCCUGCGAUAACUGCCAUGGCAUCAUUGGCGGAACACGUACAGUCUGCAUAGACUGUGAUACAGACACAACCGUCGAUUUCUGCGAUGACGAACGCUGCCUGAGUGCAGAGGUCCAACGAUCCGACUUGACAUCGCCUCACCUUCCAUCACACGCUGUAUACAAAGUCAGGAGAGUGGUGCAUCAGCGAGAGUUCGGCCCUGUGGAUAGGGAGGCUCGAGUAGCGUUGCAAAACGCUAGGGCGGCAUUCAAGGACGCUGUGGAGGUGCAAAAGGAACGGACCGAGGGCUCAGCAAAGGAAGAUGAUCGUACGGCCAAGAUGGUGAAUGAUAAGCUGAAGUGCCUCGUCUGUAAGAAACGCGUCACGCAGCCUUGUUGGUUCUGCAUGACGUGUUGGGAUGUAUACAUAUGUCUGGACUGUGACCCGAAGGAUGGCAUCACGAUCGAUGGUCACGACCAGAGCCAUCCAUUGGUACGAUGCCAGGAGGAAGUUGCCGUCAAGGAAUCCUUGACAGUGGAACAACGGAUGGAAGCCCUGGAAAGUAAAUUUGGUACUGUGGACGGCAAGAUUGCCCAGGUCGACGAAAAGGUUGCCCAGGUCGACGAACGCUUGCUACGCAUCGAACAGCUACUACAGACAAUGCAUCUGACCAUGAGUGCUUCUUCGCCCAGCACAGCGGUGUCGAGUUCGGCAGAGAAAACAAAAUAG